AUGAGAAGACAUUCUUCGUCACGCCCUUCAACUUCGGCACCUUCUUCUUCUUCCCUUUGCUUUCGCGCCAACUCGUGGUUCCCAAUCAACUAUGUAUUUCUCGCUCUUCGCUCUUUAACCCUUCCCUUCUGUUUCAAAUGUUUUUCGCUACGCUCAAACACUACAAGUGGCAACUUGUCACUUCUCAAUACCGACCAUAAUCUUCAC